AUGUUGCGUAUUACUGCCGGUAAAUUCGCCACCGCCAUGCGCGGCACCGUUGGCACCACAGCCUCGCGUGUUGCCGCCGUGCGUUGCGUCCACGGAUCCGAGGAAUCGGCCGAGGAGUUCGACAAGCGUUACGAGAAAUACUUUGCUCGUGAAGGCAUCGACGGCUGGGAGGUGCGCAAGGGCAUGAACGAUUUGCUCGGCAUGGAUCUGGUGCCCAGCCCAAAGGUGAUCGAGUCCGGUCUGCGCGCUUGCCGUCGUGUCAACGACAUUGCUUUGGCCAUCAGGUGGCUGGAGGGCUGCAAGGAUAAGUGCGGUGACCAGAAGGCAACACUCUAUCCCUACUUGUUGGAGAAGAUCACACCAACUCUGAAGGAGCUGGGAGUGCCAACUGUCGAGGAGCUGGGCUACGACAAACCCGAAUUGGCUCUGAAGUCCGUAUUCGAUAUCUAAAGCGUUUACUUUUCCUUUAGUUUAAUACACACACACAUACAAAGCGUAACACACAUACAAAGAAAUCCAAUGUACUUGGUGCGGAUGAACAUGUUAUUGGAUUGCAAAUAAAAGGAGAUUGGAGUAAGGCUAUUACAUGGAAACAAAA